UGUGUCGCAUAAUCAGUGGUUUCUUUAUACGAGCAGCCAGGUUUCUCUCUGGUUGCUUCUAGAAAUUUUGGAACAGAACGACAAGUUUGGAGAGGGACGCGAUCAGACGCGAUUGACACCGUUUGAAAUUAAAAAUGCCAGAAAGCGCAGAUAAUAAUGUUGAUACUGUCAAGCCCAUGCCUGUGGCCAUACCUGAUCAUCUGUCUGAUUCACCCAAGAAACCGGUCAAGUCUACAGCUGUUGUAAAAUACUCUGCUGUUCAAACACCAGCAACAUAUGCUCAGUUGCAAUGCAACACAGACUUAAAUCUACCACCCAGCAACUGGCUGAGCAGCUCUGCUGAGAGUUAUGGUCUGCAGAGUGUCUGGUCUCAGACCUCUGGAUUCUCCAGCUUUCGCAUGGCACACAUGUUCCCAGACUGUGUGGGAGAGGUAGAUGUUGUCUCAGAUGCAGAGAAUAUAAAAAAGCUGCUGAAAUUGCCUUACAAUCAUGGUGUGAUAUCCAUGGUGGUCCACAGAAUCGAGAACACUCUCUUGUUAGAUGAUUUUGAUAUUCACAAAUAUUUGCUUAGACAAGCUGAGAACGACUGGGAAUGGUUGAAGAAGUUCUUUUAUGAAAACAUUUUCCAGAAUCUGGGAGAUAAAGAAAAAUGUCUGUUUCAUAAGACUAAUAACAGAAACACUUUACAACAGAGGAAUUUGGUAUCCAAGUUUCUAUAUCACUCGAUAGUAGUGGCUGAUAAUAAGGAAGAGCAGACUAAACCGGAGCUACCGGUGAAGUCACUGGAACCGUGUUUGCCAGAACCAUCACAAGAGGAAAAAGUGCCGGACCCGAAUUACAAUCAUAAUUUUGCGAGAAACAUUCUGUGGACUUUUGAAAACAUACAGAUGCUCAUUGGUACUGAUAUGCCAAUAUUCGGGGGACAAACCCAUCCUUGUAUAAGUCUCAGAUUGAGAGAUAUGACCAAACCCAUCAACGUGCUGACUGGUAUAGAUUACUGGUUGGACAACUUGAUGUGCAACGUACCAGAAGUGGUGAUGUGUUAUCAUCUGGAUGGAAUUGUACAAAAGUAUGAAUUGAUCAAGACGGAGGAUCUUCCUAACAUGGAUCACUCGAAAUUCAGUCCCAAAGUGAUCAGGGAUGUUGCUCAGAACAUCUUGAGCUUCUUGAAAAAUAAUGCAACGAAAGCUGGACACACUUAUUGGUUGUUCAAAGGAAAGGACGAUGAUGUAGUGAAAUUAUAUGAUUUGACAUCUCUUUGCCAUGAAGUGUCAGAUGAAAAGGGCCAAAACCCGUUCACUGUACCUGUUGCUAUGUUACUAUACAGAGUAGCUCGUAACAUGAAAUACUCUUCCGAUUACCACAGGCAACAGGGAACUAUCAGAAAGUUAUUAAAGAACUGUAUACAAUUACUGGCGAGAGAAAAGUAUCCACAAAUCGUAACUUCUGCACACUUUAUGCUGUCUGAUCUCUAUAUACCAUCGGACACAGACCCUGCGAGUCCAAGCUUGUCCGAUCAGAGCGACGAAGAAGACACUCAAAGCGAUUCAAGCACAAAUCACGAAAACGAGAAAGAUGAGGACGAGGAUGCUGAAGAUGUUGCGAUCAAGUCCUUAACACUAGCCAAUAUUAAAGAACAUGCAGAAUGCGAAGAGCCCAAAUACAAACCACCGCCAAUCUCGGGUUCGAUCGAAGAAAGAUGUUUAGCCGCUUUAGAUCACGUUUACCAUGGACUGGAAUGUUUGCAGUAUUUUCCGACUGAAGACACAUCCGAAGAAGAAGAGAAGGAAAAGGAGAGAAAGAAAUUCGAGGAGGAAAAUCCAAAUAUGGCUCAACCCUUUCAGGCAAUUCCCAUGCCUUAUACUUCUUUGAAAGAUGAGAAAAAGAGUAGUGAACCUGAAAUAAAUACAGUGAACAGUAGUCCUACUCAUAAAAAGAAGAUGAAACACAGGAGACCGAAGAAAGAGAAAGCUAUCCAGAGAACAGAGCCGACCGAUAGCGAAGGAAAAGCGUUGCUGUGCAAGCACAAAGCUGAGACUCUGCCCACGUGGCAGGCACCAAAGAAGAGUGAUAAUGUUAGUUGGAACGCGCAUUUGAAGACGUUAUUAUACGAGAAAGCUUCGUUGAUUUUUGCGGUGCUCGCCGAAAAUGAAUAUGCAAAUAAAAAUUACGGUGCCUCGUUGAGAUACGUGUUGUCGGUUCUACGUUGCCAGAAGAUACUGGAGAUCUUUUGCGGUAUCAGGAAUGACAAAUCGAUAAGCUAUUUAUUAGGACGCGCCGGAGACUGUUGCUUCAGGACCGUACAAGACUGGUGUAAGGUUGAGAAACACAGGAAAGAUUACGAGAUGAGGAACGAAAUCGAGGAGAAGAUAGUCGAAGAGAUAUGUCGAAUGGAGGACUUAGAUAUGAGCAUGUUUCCAGAUGGUUUUGAUUUACUGCCACAACGUUUAGAAAGUUUAGAAUCUACUUUGGUAGCAUCUUACAAGUGCUACGAAAAAGCGUUAGAGUUAGAACCAUUAGAAAUGGAUAGGAACAAUCUCUUGACGCGAUUAGGGAACAUUCAUAAUGAACUAGGCGUACUUUAUAUGAAUCAAGCUAGAACACGCUAUCAACAAGAAACUACAGAUGAUGAGACGUUCAAUUCUUCGGAAGUAACAGAACUGCUAGAUUGUUCGCUUAGCCAUUUAGAGGCGGGCGUGAAGGCGUUCGAAACCGUGCACGACGAAGCCAAUCUAGCGCUUCUAUAUUCGAAUACAGGAAGUCUCAUGCGACUUUGCGCACAUAUGCACAUGAAGCAAAACACUCAGGAACGUAAUUAUUACAACAAGGCUCUUGCGAGCUAUCAGAAAGCUUUGCAAGUCUUAGGAUCGAGGAAGUUGAAUCCAAUGAUUUGGGACACUAUUACAUGGGAUUUGUCUACUACUUUGUUUACUAUGGCUACACUACUGCAAGACUAUCCCACUACUGGAUGCAAGACUGAAGAAGAGUUAGAACGAGAGGUUGUGGAUAUGCUACAAAAAGCUUUAAAGCAUUGCGAUACUGAAACACUUGGACCAAGGCAACCGCAUUAUCAAUAUCGUGCUGCGACUAUUCAGCACCGACUCGCGUCCUUGUAUCAUCGUGUAUACAGGGAAUGCGAACCGGAUACUGAUAAUAUUAAAAGAAAAACAAGUUUACAAUUGUCCAAGCUCUAUUACGAUAAAGCUGCCAAGCUCUUGUCAUCUUUAGAACAGACUACGGAGUUCCUUACUGUGCAACUGGAAAGAGUUGCGUUAGCCGAGCAUCAAGCACGUUGCUCGACGACGUUUAACGGGAAAUUGAAAGCAUAUCAAAAUGGACUCGAAUUAAUUUUACAAUGCAGACCGAUUAUCGAUGUGUUAUGCGAUAAAAAUAAUUCGUCGAAACAAAAACUCGAGAACGCAAGUUCUGUUAGUAAUAAAGUUACGAAAGAAAACCUGGAAGAAGGACGAGUUGACGAACAAAAAUUAAUUGAAGAUGAAGAAAAAUUAGUAGUGUUACUCGAACAGAGGUUGCAAUUCAUUUUACGAUCUUUAACGAAAUUAUUCGUUACGAAAAACGAAAAAGGAAACAAAAAAGAAUCAGAGACACUUGGCACUUUGUAUAAACAGUGUUACAGCAAAACAUUGCGACCGGUGACGAUGACCGGCGUCGCAUUAGCGGAACAUAUUGCACAACUUUUGCGAGAGCUUGGAAAAAUCCUCCCGCCCAUGGAAUCGUGAAUGGUUACCUGUAUAUAUCCUCUGUGUAUGCGUGUGCUCGAUGAUAAGGUGUAGGGUCUUGAUGAACAAACCGAUUUCUUCCUCGCGUUUUUCAAGUGUCCGAUCAAUGUCAAUACGCAAAUUCGUCAAUCUCACGGAAUGGUCCUCGAACAUUGACGCUGGCCGUUGAUCUGCGAGGCGAAAUCCACAGGAUGGGGCGAUGUUCAUUAAUUCACUGAAAUAUCGAAAACUUCUUUUUAAUUCAAGCGUGUACAUAGUGAGAUCGAAGCUUUUAUUUAUAUAUGAUUUCUAAGCAAGAAAUAAAUAGCGUGUACAAGAA